AUGUUCAAGCGCUCGUUCCGGUCGCAGGACCAGAGCAGCAGCCGCGUCGACAAGACUGCGAGGCUAAAGAAGCAGGCGGCAGCAGCUCGGGAUCCCACGAAGCUGUCGAGACUGCAGAGAUCGCUCACCGAGCAGGACGUCUACGCCUCCUCCCGCAAGGCGCCGUCGUCCUCGGCGACGCCCUCGCCCAUCGUGACCAUCACUGUGGGCCGCGAGGGCCGGCUCUUUGCAGCGCACGAGGACGUGCUUCGCCAGUCGCCCUUCUUCGAGGCGGCCUGCCGCGGCGGCCACUUCCCCGACGCGCAGAGCAGCAGGAGGAUCUCCCUACCCGACGAGGAGCCCGAGGUCUUCUCCGCCGUACUCGAGUACCUCUACAAGGGCGACUACUACCCGCGCCUGCUUCACAACAGGCAGCGCAACUCUUGGGACCUCGAGGACCGCGCCUCGCGGACGACGCCCCAGGCAUCCCCCAACCUCAACCAUCACCAACACGACCACGGUGGCCGCGCCCCCGAGGCGACCGUCUACCUCUUCAGCGCCGGGGCCGAGGUGCUCCGCGACACAGUCAUCUACUGCGCCGCGGACCGCUACGGCCUCGAGGAGCUCAAGCGCCUGGCCCUGCGCAAGCAGGGGCUGCAGGCCGGCAUCGACGUCGGCACCAUCCUGCGGUCCGCCCAGUACGCCUACGCUCACACGCCCGACUCGGACAGCCGCCUUCGGGCUCACUACCUCGCCCUCAUCAUCCGCUGCCGCAAGACGUUCAAGCGCAGCGGCACCAUGCAGGCUGAGAUGGAGGCCGGCGGCAGCAAGCUCUUCUUCGACCUGUUUGUCGCUAUGUGCAACCACCUCGACGACGUCAUUGACGUGAGCAACGCGCGCACGCCCAAGACGGUCUGA